AUUCAGCGAGUGUACAAAGGAGCUGUUGUCGGCUACAGACGGAGCUCUGUUGUUUGUUGACUUUACAUAUAUAACCAUAAUCGGUAAUUGAUUCUAAUCAGGACAUCAAUAUUAGAAAGUGCAAAGUAUAGACAUAACGGUUGAGAUCCUUGGAAUUUCCUGUGUAGCUGGGUGUGUAGAGAGGUCCGGUGUCGGCGGGUACCACAAGGAUCUUACACAAAACAAGGCAUAUCAAUGGUGUCACACCAUUCAACUUUUACUUGCUAUUGUAUUAAAGUCGGAUAUGGCUGCAGCAGAGGGGUUGUCAAUUGAUUGGAUUGUAUGGAAGUGUUGAAGCGUGGAAAUGCGGACAGAACAAAAUGGUAACAUUUCUAUAGAUAUGUGUGUUUAUUGGGGAGCUGUAGCGACCGGUGUAAUUCUGAUCUAAACAAGAGGUGGUCAGGCCAUAAUACCUAUGCAUUCAGCCUGACACUCGGUGUGAUGUCAAUUAUACCACCGUAUAAGCUGACAAGUGGAGUUUUGUCGAUAAUAAGUUGGAGAACUAUUUUGAAAGUUGUGGGAAUUUGACAGCGUUGAUUGCCGUUUUGUAGAGCAAUAUUUAUCCUCAAACAGGAAGAUUCUAAAGUUUUCCCAGUAAUUAGUUGUUUUAUUGGUAAACAAAAACUUUGUGGCCGAUAAGUACCAGAAAUUGAUUGGUGUUGUUGACAUCUAUUGAUUGUGUCCUGAAGUAGGGUUAAGGGCGGCUCAGGCCUUAGACCCACCACAGACCACCAACAUGUACAGGACUGGUAAACCCUUGCUAAACAAGCCCCAAUCGGAGUACGGAGCUCCUCGAACAAAUGAUACAAACGGCAUCAGCAGACUCAAGACAGCACCACAAAAUGGUGGCUCUAGCCGGAGGAUGGCUUCUGAUAUGGACAAACGUGACACAAGUUUGGAGGACAAUGUGGAGAAUGAUGUCACAGAGGACAGAGUCAAUGACAGGAAAAUAAAGUCAAGGUCAGCGCUGUCUGAUGAUGAAGACAGCCUGAGUUUUGGGGACAAGGACAAUAACACACGCUUGGAAGAACUGAUGAAGCUACAUCACCUUCAAAAACUGAUGAAGGAGUUCAGCUACUUUAAACCUCCAGACAUCAUUCUGCAGGAGGCGACCAGCUACUUCCCUGCCAAGGUCCAGAAACGUGUUCCUGGCGCCAUGAACAUGGUAGAGUUCAAAGACGCAUUCAGUCGUGUUCUUGAGACCCAUGAAUAUGAUGAGUAUCUGGAAAAACUCUUCCAGAAGCUAGACACCACGUGUGAUGGUUACGUCGACUGGAGUGAAUUCUGUACCUACAUGUUACUACUGUACAGGGAGAACGACUACAUGAGGACCAAGCGAGAAAUCCCAUUUCUGGUGGAACCCAAAAUCAGACACAUUGUGCAAAACAAGCAAGAACAGUCCACAAAGAUUCUAGCGUCCGAGAAUCCCAGUCGGUAUGUCGGUGUUAGCAAGGAAGGAGCCAUCACAGUCUGGCAGACCAACAUGAUUAUGGAGAAGGCCUACACAAUAUCUGACGAUGACGCAGAACUUAAUGCGCCCAAACGUCGGUUUAAGAUGUGGGUGACUGAUGCUAUAUACCUGCCCAACUGUAACAAGUUAGCGCUGGCCUCCACCAGUCGAGAUAUCCGUAUCUUUGACUGUUCCACCAACCAAUGGUUCGAGGAGUACAACCUCUUUGCCAUGUCAGAUGUCCCGUACUGUUUUGAUUACUGGUAUGACAAAAAGAAUCCUGCAGGAAUGUCCGUGCUUAUAUUUGGUGUUGAUGCUGGUGCUGUUCAUGUGCUGUACUUCAAGAAACCUCUUACUCAACUUUUUGAGACAGCUUUCAAAAGUGAAGAUGGAGCUCAAAAAAUAUUCUGGAGUGAAGUAGAAAAAGGAGGCCAUUCUCGUUAUGUAGGACAUGAAAAAAUUUUACACGAUAAAGUUCAACAAAUUCCACCUCAUCUCAUCCGACAAGUGCAAUAUAUCCAUAGUAAAAACAGUAUCAUCUCAUCAACAAGCUCACCAAACCGAUCCAUCGUCAUCUCUGACAUCAACAAACUCAAGAAACAAUAUGUGUUCAACAUUGAAAAGGGUAUAGAAUGUUUUGAUUAUAAUCAAAAUUUAAACAUUCUUGUGACUGGGAGCCUUGAUCAUGUUAUCCGUCUCUGGAAUGCCUAUGUGGCUAGCCGACCAAUCGCCAUGCUCGAGGGUCAUUCCACUGGGGUCAUUGGCGUGAAGAUUCACGAAGGCCUUAUGCAAGUGUUCAGCUACUCAAAAGAUGCUGUUGUAAAGGUGUGGGACAUUCGAGAACACACCUGUCUACAGACUGUGGUGCUCAAAUUCCCCAGCAGUAUCCAUGGCCGCAUGCCCGAGCACGGACAGUUCCCCAUGCACCUACAGCUGUCGCCCCAGGACGCUCUCAUCGUCACCUGUAAUGACUACCUGGGGAUGCUGAAGCUGGGACAAACACGUCUACCUAAACAGCAGUCUGUGACUACCCACGACACUCAGCUCUGCUCAGCCAUCUACAACCAACUCUUCAAACAGGUGGUGACAGGCUGUGACUCCUCAAACAUUGCUGUAUGGGAGCUGGAAAGUGGGAACAAAGCCAUUGUGUUCUCUAACGCUCACGGGGAGGAAGAAAUCACAUGUAUGGUGUUUGACGAGUCCUGGAGGAGGCUGAUCACAGGGGCCCGUAACGGAACAAUUAAGGUGUGGAACUUCCAGAAUGGACAUAACUUACACAAGUUAGAGGCUGUGGGGGAAGCUGAGGUGACUGGUAUUGUCCCCGUCAUGGACAGGAACAUCAUCCUUGCUGUUGGCUGGAGUCGAAAGAUCAUAGUUUAUGAUGAUUCAGAUGCUGAUAAUCUGUAUGUCCCAGCCAAUACAGAUUGGAAAGGGGGACAACUCCAUGCUGACGACAUUUUAGCAAUGGACUUCUGCAUACCUCAGUUUCUGGCCACUGCUGGGUUUGAUGGUGAGAUCACAGUUUGGGACCUAGAAACGGAGAAAAUAUUUGUGAGGCUACGAAGAGGACAGAAACCUGACAUAACCAAGAAAAUUGAGGCAAUCCAGGAACAGCAAAGUUUCCUCAGCAGUUUUAGUACUAUGGACCUGUUGGAAGAGGCACAGGGAGUGAGGUCAUCACAGACGACCUCUGACCCUCGACCUUCCUCCAACACCCUGCUGUCUCGCCCAAACUCACGCCACAGAAAAUCACAUAGGAUCGCAAAAGGACAGCCUGUUCCGGUUGAUAAACUCCUGUUUCUGCGGGCGCGCUGUGCUGGUCGGACAUUGGACACGUCUAUGCUGGUGUCUAGUGAGGCAGGCUACCUACACUGGUGGUGUCUCUUCACCGCCAAACACGAGAUGGGCUAUUUCUAUGUACCUGACACAAAGGAUGAGUCGGUGCUGGCUAUGUGCACAGACCCUCGUAAUUCCUGUCUCAUCACCGGAGAUACAACCGGACAGAUUAAAAGUUGGGACAUCUCUGAGUACUGUCUGCACAGCACAGAAAGGAGAGUGAAGACCUGCCCCCAUCUCAAUGUGUCCUUCAAGGCCCACGACUCGGCGGUGGUCAGUGUGGAGUACAUCCAGCAUGAGGCUGGUCAGUUUAUCCUCAGUGCGUCCACAGACAAAACGGCACGUCUCUGGUCCAUGGAGGGUCACUACAUAGGCACCUUUGGUCAGAAAAAGUCCUGGAACCUUAAGAACAAGAAGUCUUGGUGUCACCCUAAAACGCCCUGGGAUGUGACGGGGACCAGUAAAUUAGAUGGUGAUAAAACAAGUAACAAUAGCCAAGCAGAUAUCACCAUAGAAACAGAGAACGUACAGGUCGGAGGUCAGGAGGAGAUUCCAAAUAAGGAUAACGGGGAGGUAGAGGAGAAGGAAGAGGAGGAGGAGGAGGAGGAGGAAUUGGAGGAGGAGUCUGUGGAUACGCCCUUACCCACACAGGCUCCCACAGUGGAGAGACACAGUGACAGUGGGCACAGCCUAAACAUCAAGGUCAGGGCACAGACAAUUGACCUUGGGUCACUUCGACCUGAGCGCUCCAAGACAUUCCUCGGCUCCAAGGUGGCUAAACAGUUACACAGCAUGAAGACAUGUCGCAUGGACCGGAGGAACAGGCUUGCCGAGGAUGUAGACUUCACCAUUACUCAGAGAUAUGGCAAAUUGUGCUCCCCCUUCCAGGCCCUCCAAACAAAGGAUGUCGUUGAGGUUAAGUUGCCAAGCAUGCCCUUAAGUCAGAGGAUGAUCAACAAGGGCUACACAUCGGAUAACAUGACCGAGGAAAUGCUUCGGAACAUGGACUUUUCCUAUGGGAACCCUGAUACUCCCCCUAGUGGUGACCAAGAGAAAAAGACUACCAGUGUCCCUAAGUCUGACAAGUCUUCCAUCGCUGCCAGUCGGAGGGGGGCACCACGACAAAUCUCGGCCAUCAAAAAACACAACACUGUGGCAUAGUACUACUGGCUCACAAAGUCUCUUAGAGACAUCCAUUUGUGGAGUCCUUACAGCUAACUUUUGAUGUGUGUACAAUGUUGACCAAGUGGUGCAUGAUAAUAUAAAUCCUAAGGAAUGUGGUGCAUUAUUAGACAGCGAGUCUCAAUCACCUAAUGCCAGCAGGAAUAGUGUAGCAUCAAGUUUACAUGCUAGUGGGGCAGAUAACUUAGCAAGCACUUAUUUGUGUAUUGAAACAAUUUGUGUUCACAAUACAAUGUGAUAUGAUCCGUCCAAGAAUGCAACUUAAGAUAACCUGUUCAAAAGGAAACGUUUCCAGGAGACAAACAACUAUUGCAAAGUGAAAACGCAAAUAACUAAAUACCCUUGACAGGGAAAAUCCGUCCAGGUUUACACAUCUCUACAAAUAUAUAUGCAUGAUGUUCACAGGAUAAAAUUUAACAGUACGAGACCUACUCUUCACAAUUGUCCAGGGAAACUCCCUUCUGAAUAUUUACUUUUCAUUUGGAAUUUGUCCAAUGAGACAGCUGAACUAAAUAUAUUUACCUCUCCAACCAAAAUCUAUCCAGGGAGACAACCAAAACAAUUUUAACAAUCACAGGGAAAACCUGUAAAGGGAAAUAAUCCAAAUAACUAUACAUACCCUACAAAUAAUGGCAGGAAAAUUUGUGUAAGGAGACAAAUAAGUUUAUGCUCACAAAGUUGUCCGUCUAGGGAGACAACCCAAUCACCCUCUGCUAGACAAUAUCCGACCAUACUGGUUUUCACAAGCUGCUACAGUUGUCUAUAAUGGUGGCUUGUAACUACAAUAGACCACACUCCACUGGCCGAUUAAACUGGAGGGUGACACUCAUCUACAGUUGUCUAUAAUGGUGGCUUGUAACUACAAUAGACCACACUCCACUGGCCGAUUAAACUGGAGGGUGACACUCAUCUACAGUUGUCUAUAAUGGUGGCUUGUAACUACAAUAGACCACACUCCACUGGCCGAUUAAACUGGAGGGUGACACUCAUCUACAGUUGUCUAUAAUGGUGGCUUGUAACUACAAUAGACCACACUCCACUGGCCGAUUAAACUGGAGGGUGACACUCAUCUACAGUUGUCUAUAAUGGUGGCUUGUAACUACAAUAGACCACACUCCACUGGCCGAUUAAACUGGAGGGUGACACUCAUCUACAGUUGUCUAUAAUGGUGGCUUGUAACUACAAUAGACCACACUCCACUGGCCGAUUAAACUGGAGGGUGACACUCAUCUACAGUUGUCUAUAAUGGUGGCUUGUAACUACAAUAGACCACACUCCACUGGCCGAUUAAACUGGAGGGUGACACUCAUCUACAGUUGUCUAUAAUGGUGGCUUGUAACUACAAUAGACCACACUCCACUGGCCGAUUAAACUGGAGGGUGACACUCAUCUACAGUUGUCUAUAAUGGUGGCUUGUAACUACAAUAGACCACACUCCACUGGCCGAUUAAACUGGAGGGUGACACUCAUCUACAGUUGUCUAUAAUGGUGGCUUGUAACUACAAUAGACCACACUCCACUGGCCGAUUAAACUGGAGGGUGACACUCAUCUACAGUUGUCUAUAAUGGUGGCUUGUAACUACAAUAGACCACACUCCACUGGCCGAUUAAACUGGAGGGUGACACUCAUCUACAGUUGUCUAUAAUGGUGGCUUGUAACUACAAUAGACCACACUCCACUGGCCGAUUAAACUGGAGGGUGACACUCAUCUACAGUUGUCUAUAAUGGUGGCUUGUAACUACAAUAGACCACACUCCACUGGCCGAUUAAACUGGAGGGUGACACUCAUCUACAGUUGUUUACAAUGGUGGCUUGUAACUACAAUAGACCACACUCCACUGGCCGAUUAAACUGGAGGGUGACACUCAUCUACAGUUGUCUUUCAUGUCCUAUGUUGUGUUUAUUGAAAAUGUAUUUGAAAUAAGCUUCAUUAUAGAUACAUGUAUACCCAUUGUCUAUUUCCAUACAAAAUAUAAAUUAAUAACAUUGUUAUGUACUUUUAAGACUGUUCUUCAGUCUCCAACAUUUAUAUGAAUUAUAUGAUUCAUAUAUAUCUGUUGGUGAUUGUUACACUGUUUUUACUGGUGAAGACGACAGAGAAAUAUGUGAUGUGUAUCUGUUGGUAUAUGUUUAUUGCACUUAUUUUAGAAAAGGAUUUACCAAUUAUGAAAACAUGUGUUAAAUACCUGUGUAAAACCACUGUCACUUCGAUUUGUUUGCAUGAAAAUACUACUGAAGAACACAACUGAUCCUACAAGCUGACCAGGUGUCUGGACUUCUCGUCCUACUAGACAUGUCUGUGGACUUCUCGUCCUACUAGACAUGUCUGACAACAGUACAUCAUUGGAUUAUUACAACAAAUUUCCGUUUAGAACCUUGAUUGUGUUCUGUAUGCUAUUGAUUUCAGAAUCAUUUGUAAAGUUAUUUUUUGACAUUUAUACAUUUACAUGUAUUACUGCUAGUCAUCCUACCUAUGAAUAUUUCUGUUAUCUUUUGUCAACAUGCACACAUGAAUGGCCCCUCAUGAAGGCUUCCGAACGCUGGAGAUAGAUGUUUUUUAUUCAUUUGCAAGAGACACUGAAGCACACCUGUAUGAGGCCCCUUCCGUGUUCUGGAGAGGUGAGGGGCCCAGCUAUAUUUGUCCUUACUCGUGGUGGUAAACAUGAUCUUGCACAACGGUACUUAAUAAAACUGUGAUAUUUUUGUUGUGUCACUAGCGGAGGCUUCUUCCUCACUCGUAUAUUUAUUAAAAUUCUAUGA